UAAUCAACCGUCAAACGUAGAAAAAACAAAACAAAAAGAAAAGUUCCAAUCUUUCUUCGCAUUUCAAAUUUUCUUUCUUUUUUACUCUGGAAAAAGAAAGAUUAUUUAUUGCGGUGUGCGAAACUCUCGCGUUUCUUUUUGACGAACGGCUGAAGUGGAUGGUGGUAACUCUUUCACCGGCGUUUACUUGUGUGUCAUCGGUGCAGCGCUGAUCUUGAUUGGUGGCAAAAAAUAAAAAAAUAAAAACUGCUCAUCUCCGCUCCAUUUCAACGGGUGUCUUCAACUGACCAGGAUUACACGUUUUUUUUUGUGUUCUAACCGACAGGCAGUUGCUUUUUAUUUGUUCGGUUCGAUUUGAAAUUUCUUUUGACGGAGGCGCUAAACGCGUGCAAUCAAAAGUUCAAACUCCCGCUUUCGACCGAGUCCCCAAGAUGCAGCAGCCAUCCAUCGGUGGGUGGAGCGUUGCUCUUGUGGCUCUCUUCUUGUUCAACGCCACAUUCAUCACCGCUAAUCAAGCUGGCGCAGCAGGAUCAACGUCCGUCUGCGACCCGUCGACCCAAGUGGCUUGCCGGAAUUACCCCAGCAUCUGUAUCGAGGUGGAACGCGUGCAGGAUGGCGUCGCCGAUUGUCCGGACGCAUCCGACGAAGACUGCCAGCCUUGGGAGUUUACCUGUUUGUGCGGGCAGCCUCGUUGCAUCAGCGGAUCGCUGGUUGGCAACGGAGCCCUGGACUGCGCUGACGGCUCCGAUGAAGGUCUGAUUGGCGGCAACUGCAAGUCGGACGAGGACUUGCAGAACAUCGACGACCUCGUCCGAUUCCGUCGUGCGUCCUCCGAUGUGAGGGUGGAAGUGAAUGGUGGUCAAACGACAACCUUCUUCCUGAAAACGGAAUUACCUCUGAUCCGGCCCAGGCCCCUCGGUGUAAUCACAUCGACCAAGGGAGCUUUCAUCAACGAAGGGACAACAACAGAAUACACAACUCAAGUUAUCGGCACCUCGGUGGAUGGCACCUACGCCAAAAUUCAGAGCACCAAAUCGCGAAUUUUCUCGCCUGUUCCUACUGAUUUAUUCGCUGUAGAUCUGCCCGUCGAUCUUCUUCCUACUGGACUUGUUUCCAGCUCAUUGGUGACUCGUAUUCGUGGUGAAACGACCACCAUCGAAACAACUGAAUUUGUUCGCACAUUUAUCGAUCAAAUUUACGUGCAAGAAAUAUUGACAAGUUCUGAAAUUUUCGCACCGUUGCCGUCAAUUGAUCAAAUUGGCAACGUUCAGCCGUCACCUGUUAGUCGCAUUGUCAUCCCGACUGUAAUCAUCGAUAGCAGCUUGGCGAACGAAGAUGAAUCUGGAAAAAUCGUUUUCAAAACUGCCCAUCUAACAUCGCUGGUUGGUGAACGUGUGAUUGAAUCGUCUAUCGGUGGUAUCAACGUAGCAUUUGAUGAAGAUAAACCAACAGAUGAUGAAAGUAAAAAGAUCAUCACUAGUUUCGAAGAGGUCCCUGACAAUAAUCUACGGGGAUCUCGUGCCAGAAGUGAUUUAUUACCAGAAUCUGCUGUUCAAACGAAACCUGUUGUCGUCCUCGAGACGUUUGUGGCUGCCUUACCAUCGUCUCGCAAUGUUGAAUCUUCUCCAAUCGAAGCUGACAUCGUUGAAACCGAUGACGUUGUCACUGAAAACGUGGACGUGACAACGAUCACCCCAUCAAUCGAUGAGUUGGAAGCUGACCUACCCGUCAAAACUGAAACAGGGGUAAACGAUGAAAUCCCAGCUUUCAUCGAAAGUAUUCAAUCUGGGCCCGUUCCAGUCAUCGAAGAUGUACAGCACACCCUAGCUGUCGAUGCUGAAUCUGUUCAGUCAGAGUCUAUUUCAGCCGUUAAUGUCGAAACUGUUGAACCCUCGGUCGUCGAAACCGUGGAAUCAGAACCCGUUUCCAAUGUCCAGCUCGAAACAGAAGACAAAGAUCUUGUUCCAGCCGUCCAUAUCGUAGCUGUGGAGUCUAUCCCAGCCGUGAAAGCCGAAAACUCUGUAUCAGAAAAGCUGGAAGUCAUUUCGGCCGUGCAAGUGGAACCCACUGUCCCUGAUAGACCAGCCGAAGACCUAGAAACAGAAUUUGAACCGGAAACAUUUACGUCUGCUCCAGAAAGCGUAACUGAGCAAAGCACGGAAAGUGAACCAUCUAGUCAAGACGGUCAGCGAGAACCUCGUGUCGAAAAUAAACCCCCAAUCAGACCGAAAUUCCCUGCCCUGGGCCCAUUGCCAUCACGCCCGGUAGAGCCAGCCCGACCCGUCGGACUCAUCUCUUCCUUCGAAGGUUCACUCGUCAACAACGGAGUGACCACCGUCUACACGUCGCUCAUUUUCGGUACAGUCAUCGAUGGCGAAUGGGCCAACGUGGUAAGUACCAUCACCACUGUUUUAGCACCCAACGCCAUCGUCGAUACUGUGGCCCCCGUUGUAGCACCAGACGUUGAGAUUGUAGCUACCGUUCCAGUGUCCGUUGUCGCCACUGAGCUACCUGCUGAGAUUCCGGCAGUUGAGGCCCAACCUGUUGAGCUGGAAAGCAGUCUGAAUCAGCCGAUUGAAACUAGCACCCCGCUGGCGGAAACACCGCAAGGUUUAUUGCCCGUCACUCGCGUCACCACCUUCACGUUCUUUACGACGUUCACCGAAACCAAAGGGGACGAGGUUGUUACUUCAGUUAGCUCUCGCGAAGUGGUCAGCUCCGAUGUCCAGUACGUUGAAGAGACCAUCAAACCUGACGAUAUCAUCGAAAUGAUGUUGGGCGAGUCGGGCAACGAGACCAGUCCUUCCAUCACAACUGUCUUUAAAACGUACACGUAUUUCUCUACGCUUUUCGAUGACACGACCACCAAAAUGAUAACUCGUGAGGAAGUGGAAUCGAGCGUGAUUACGCUGACAGGUGAAAGCCCAUUAGCCACGACACCUGUACCCCAAGAAGCCACCAAGAUGAUGGAAACUGAGGUCGUCAAUACGAAAAUGGUGGACGACAUUCAACCGAGUGUCAUCGAAUCUUCGCUGAUGGAGACUGUCGAUGAUGAAGCAGGAAAAAGGAAGCAACUCUUCAGUUCGCUAGCUGGCGGUAUUGUCAAAACAUUCUUUACUACCUUCACCUUUUUCACGACGGCUUUGGUCAACGGAACAACGGUCGUUUCUAGCCGUAUUGUGGUUAGUACGAACGCUGUAACUCCCACUGUCCAGCUGACCGACAUCGAUGAAGAACUCUGGGAAUCGCUGAAAGCGCAGGACGAGCGUCGAAGUCAAGAAAUGACAUCCGUUUCUACUGCUCAGACUAUCCUUCCUGUUCUACCGUCUAUUGAAACCGUCCUUCCGGUUGUGAUCGUUUCGACUCCAGUCGUAUCGACACCCGAACCCACUACCGUCGAGCCAGUCUCCCAGGAACCCGAAAUUAGUCAAGCGGAAGUAACGGUCGAGACAUCGGAAGAACCCAUAAGCUCCACGGAUUCAAUGCCGACGCUACCACCCCUGGAGGAAAUUGUUCCAGUCGCACCGAUCGAAACCCCCGUUGAAACUACCCCGAUCGUUUCAUCAUCUGAAGCCCCGAUUGAAAUCGUCCCCGAAGAGCCAAUCGUUUCCGAAUCUCCGAUCGAGGACGUACCGACCAUCGAUCCAUCAACAGCAACGGAACCUUCACUCCCGCAAACGCUGUACACGACUUUCACGUACUUGACGACCUUCUUCACAGAUGGAACGUCCAACGUCGUUAGCCGUGAAGAGACGGUGACGAAUGUUUUGACGGAAGCGGAUGCUGUUAUCGAGGCCACUGUUCCAGUCUUCCCCAUUACUUACUACACCACAUUCACCUACAAAACAACAUCGUUCGUUGAUGGCCAAACGUUGAUUGACACACGAGAAGAGACCGUGACCAACAUCGUGACUCCCACAGCUUCCGAAGCUUCUACCGUCCAGCCGAUCGUCCCAACAGCUGUCGUCGCCGUCACUCCUACACCGACAGUCGAUCCAGCUCUGACAACAUUCUACACCACCUUCACCUAUUUCGCCACCAGUUUCGAGGCGGACACGGCCAUUGUGACCAGCAGCCUGGAAACGGUCACCAAUUACGUUUCGGCAUCGGAGACGAUCGCCGUUCCUUUGGCUACGAUUGUGCACAGCCUCAAUGACGCUGCCACUCCGGUUAUGGACAUCCAACCUACACCACCAGCUGUUGAUGCUGAACUGGUGGCUAAUAACACGGCCCGUAAUAUCGGGACGAACGUCGUUAGUCAAUUGAUUGUCGAUCUGGCCGCAUCGGAGAAGACGAACCUUCCGUCAUUAACUGGAUUGCUAUCGACCAUCCGCAGCACGUUGGUUAACAAUGGCAUUACGACUGUGUUCACGACUGACGUGCUGGGCACGUUCAUUAACGGUCAAUACGCCCGCAUCUUGGAGAGUUCCAGCGAAGUGCUGAAUCCGGCAUCUCAGCUUCCGGCGACAGUUAUCGUUGCUGCGAGCGGAGUGGAAGGUUUAGAAGCAACUGACUUGUUUCCAUCUUCGGUUGUGACACCGUCAGUCGAGUUGGAAGGCUCUAUCGUGCUGCCCGUCAGCCCGUCCCAGACGAUUAGCACGUCACCGUCGCCGGCCGAAAGCGGAGUUGAAGAACAACAGGACAAUGAAAGCUCCAAAGUGGACGGUGGGCGCAUCACGACGCGCCUCUCGGCGCCUCCCCGCAACCGCACUUUCGUUCCCGCCAUCCGGCCGUUCACCCAGCGGCCGCGACCUCCUUUGCCCACCAGGCCGAGGCGCCCGCCUUUCACCAGCGCUGCCGUCAGUGACGAAACAACCACUACCUCCUCUCCAAUUUCGCCAAGCCCGGCCUCAGUUAGUGGCAGCAACAGCGUAAGCCGUCCAGCUCCAUUUAGCAGCCGUUUCCGGCCUUCCGGCGUUUCAGCUUUCUCCAGCAGCUCAACAACGGAAUCUUCGUCGCGAAGCGGCAGCCAGUUCUUCCGUUUGCGAUCAUCCGGUUCUCCGUCUAGUAUCGGAGGUAUCAGUCCGACUCCGGUCUUGUCUUCCCCUUCCACCGGCCUUCCGGGCCGUCGAUUCUCCAGCAGUAGCUUCGCACCGUCGAUCGGUUCCCCUCGCAGUAGUCUGGCCGGAUUAUCUGCCCGUCGGCCGUCUCUUUUGAGCAGCGGUGUCCGCGCUUCCGGCCUUUCGAGCAGCACGAUCGUCAGUAGCGGUCUGACUAGCUCCGUGUCCAGCACACCGCGAUUCGGACGGCCAACGACUCCACCGACAGUCGCCAUCGAAGAAGAAAUUACAACCGAUGAUAAUACUGAACCCGUGACAUCAACAACAGCCCGAGCGACUUCCUCCUUCCGGCGUCCGUCUCCGAUCAGACCGGCUAGUCCAGCCAUCGAGCCAACAGCCGUGUCGCCAUUGAUUCCAUCUCGUCGCCAAUUUCCAUUCUCGAGAGCCAAUUCUCGUAAUGUGAAUCCGGCCGUGACGGAAUCAACUCGCCCAUCAUCCGACUCGAGUAGUUCCAUUAACUCCCUUUCAUCCGAUUCCGGCGUCACGUCGCGUCCUCGAUUCGUCCGUCCGCCGAAAUUGACUUUCACUGAGAAGCCCAGACCGGCUGUUACGAGACCAACUCGGCCGGCCAGCAGGACUGAAGCUGCAGCUGCAUCCAACGUUGAAGUAGUGACUGUCGAAGCACCUGAAUCCCUCGCUUCUCGUUCCAAACGGCAAAUCGAUUUCGAUCACUACUUCUACGAUCCAGCGCAUUAUCGCAGACCUUCCUCAAAGACCAGUACGACACGCGGACGCGCCGCUAGCGCCUCGAUCGUCCAUCAGGAUUACGAUUAUGAACAACGUCUCGCUCUCCUUGACGCUCAAGAUUACGAUGGGUUCGAAGUCGAAGAUCGCAAGGUCACUAAAUCUCGCCAAACAUCGUCGAGCACCUCCGCCCUGCGCGACCGUCUCAUGGCCAACAGGCAAAAUCGGAAUCAAGCGACUACGCCAGCCCCACGAUCGCGGACCAGGACAUCCACGGCGGGAAGGACUAGUCAAAACAGAAGACCAGGAACAUCUACGUCUUCUAGAGCGCGCCCUACAACCAAUGCUGCGGCAGCCAGGCAGAGAGCGAGGGUAUCUACGACGACGGAAAGGACUUCGUCAGGUGGUCGUCGCACGUUUGGCAAUAACCGUAGACCGAGCACUAGAAAUCGCGUGCCCGCCAACGAUUUCGACGAGGAAGAAUUCAUUUCUCCAGAGCCAGUUUUACCCAGCUCGGCGCCUUCGCUUUCAUUGCCAAUCAGCGUGACGCACAAGGUCCCCACCGAGACGACCAUUCCAGUUGUGAACAACGGCAAGACGGAAUUCCGGACGGUGCUGGCCGCCAAGCCGAGCAUCGAAGUAUUGGAUCAAUACUCUACGAUGAGAGUGAGUGGCACGUGGCGCUAUCUAGCGAGCGAAGUUAGCGCUACCCCUACACCUGGCACCACGUUGAUUACGCAAUACGUGUUGAAACCGACAGAGACGACGACGGUGACUUUCACGCCGACAACGAUCCGUGGAAGACCUACUUCCUUUUCUCACGUUGUGCCCAGCACAGCUUUCGAAGUAGAGACGGUCGUUUCAACCAUAUCCGAUCCCCUUGCAUCGACCAACAAUUUAUUGCAACAGCUUUUGCUGGGCGGUCUGCAACAAAGCGGACCCGUCACCAGUUUCAACACGCACACGAGCACGUUCGUGACGACAUUGACGGAAUUGAAAACGACGAAAAUUCCCAUCACGUUGCGCGGCCAAGAGAUUUUCACGACCAUCAUCGGUUCGUUGAGCACAGUCAUCACGGCAACUGAUUUCAGUACGGAGACGAUCGUCACGGGACCAACGGAAGCUCCAGGAAAUGCCCUGGCUAAUCUGCUUCCAGCUCUUCUGGGCAAUCAAUUACUGCAAGCUCAGCUAUUGGCUCCCCAACUGCAACCUGCACAGGUUUUGCCCAUUCAGGCUACACAGGUUCCGCAAGCCGCUGUUGUUCCGCAACAGAAGAAAGAAGAAAUCGUUUCCAGUCAAGUGUUUGAAGAGUUUGACGAAGUCGCUUUCGAGCCGCUCGAGGAAGUCAAAGUCGUCGAACGGCCGAGAGAGGAAAUUGUUCCAGCUAAACCGAUACCGGUUACGAGCGUGAUCACUCUCUUCUUAUCUGGCCGACGACCUGGAGAGUUCAGCUCCAUUUUGUCCACUAUCACGCUAGAUGGCAAUGCUGCGGAUGCGACGGUAGUCAAACGCCAAAUUGAUCCUACUGAUAUCCUUCCGAUGGAGGCUUCCCAACUUCCUUUCUUGGUCGGAACAGACAAGGGAAUCUACGAAUUGCCCGAGAAUUAUUCGCCAUUAGAUCUCGAUUAUUACGUCAUGUCGGCCAUCAACGAAAUCGACGCCGAAGUCAUCGAAGAUGUUAAAGAGACCCAACGUUUGGCUGACGUUAUCAAGAAGGCUAAAGGAAACAGCAAACGCAAAGCUCGUCAAGUGUCCUACGAAUGGACGGAUGAAGAACCGCUGGAAGCUAUUGAAUCUAACCUGGAGGAAUUCAAAGUAGAGCCAUUGCCAAGUGGACGCGGAACGCUCCGGCGCAGGACCGUCACUCGCAAAGUAUCUGAUCUUGUUUCUGAACGAAAGAUCGGCGAAGAUUUCGUGUCGAAUAAUCGCGCACGUAAAGUGGUGGUCGUCACUCGACGUCGUCCCGUUUCAUCCACCAGCGUCGUCGAUGAUCAGAAGAUUGCCCGGCGGAUCGAUCAAGGAGAAUCGAACACUGCCGAAGGCAAACCUUUCGUCGUCAUCCGAAAGAGGCCUGUCAAUCGAACUGAAACGAAAACUGAAACGAAAACUGAAACGAAAACUGAAACGAAAACUGAAGCUCCACCUCUUUCAUCUUCGUUGAUCGAACCGGAAACGGAAUCUCCAGUGCGCAACAACCUUUUCGGCGACGUCUACGCUCCGCGGACUUACUACACCGUCUAUUCCUAUUUCUAUACGCUUUUGAACGGGCCGAGUAGCGGUCAAGUGUCGACGCGCGAAGUCAGCAUCUCGGAAAUUGUCCGCGGAUCGGACGGCCGCAUUCCGUCCGGAUUCCAGCGCACGGAAAAUGGCAACGGACUGUACCCGUUGAGCAGCGGCAAAUCCGUGGCGGAUCUCAGCACUCGCGUCAACAACGGCAUCACCACUCAGGUCAAUUUGGCUUCGAUGACGAUGGUCAAGUACGGCCGAGGAGCCGUUCGAGCUUCUGAUGUCGCAGCCAAAGUCAAGGAGGAAACACCUGUCCGUCCUACGACGCAGCCUCCCCGAAGAGUAUCUAUUGUACCCACUCCUCGUGUCGAGCCAUCCUUCGAUGACUUCGCAUCGGACGUGAACGAUGUUACCCCUACGCAGAAACUUCCAUCUGGAACAACACGCACUAGAGGAAGAGCGCUGGAAGCCACGAAUAUUGUCCGUCAACCUGUUGCUGUGGAAGAGACCAAGAGCAGCCGAACUGCAGGCAGCAAUCGUGGAAGAGGCACGGUCCGUUUCAAUCCAGCAUCGGUUUUAGGUGAAAGCCUUGAUGUGAUACCAACAGCGGUUAGAUCACGUGUCAAUACCGAAGCUCGAGUUCCACAACAACAACCCCGAAUCAUAUCCGGACCGACCCGCGGCCCUGUUCGAGCUCCGGUGCGUGUUCCAGUGAGGAAUUCGAUCGUACGAGAACCUAUUCGCAAACCGGAACCUGUUGUCCGCAAUUCUAUCAUCCGAGGUCGUCCCCGACCGGUAGAAGAGCAAGAACUCUUUGUUGACAUUCCAGAAGAAGAACCGAUUCAGCCUUUUGAAGAUGAAGUCUUCUAUGACGACCCUGGAUUCACAGAGGACCCACCAGCCGAUGAAGAUUAUUUUUACGAUCAUCACGAAGAUGAACUACCGUUGCUCGAUGGACAAGAACCGGAAUACGAUGACUUUGUGGAUACUAAUGAGCCGCUGCCACUCGUUAAUGUGAACGCCGUUGAAACAGCUACACCGGCCGUCAAGACAAAGAUAUCCGUGACCACCGUGGCUAGCACAACUGUCAGCGAAACGAGUAGCAGCACGAAAUUGAUUGGCGUGACACCGACACGCCGGACGACCAUUUCGCGCAAGUUGCUGAACCCACUUCAGAGUCAUUUGAGCAGCAUUUUGGCCAAUUCGCGGUCCGGCUUGAGAGCCAGUUCCAGCGUUCUAAAGACUAAUGAGCCCGGUUCGUCCAAUCCGUUCCGUUCACGUUCCCACUCGAAAUCUAGCGUCAUCCCGACGUUCACAACGUCCACCGUUGUAUGGGAACAAUUCCAAACGCUGUCCACAUUGGCCGUUGAUGGAGGUCGAAGUGGCAUCCCUCUCACGCUGAUCACGUCGUCAUUGACGACCUUGUUCGACGCUGAAUUGUCAUUAUUGACAGCAUCUCCUGACGUAUUCAAACCAGUGGUUCAACCAACUGUGUUGCCCAUGUCACGAAACAAGCCGCAUAAUUUCAAUCCAACGGCCCGUUUGACAUUGCCCAUUCGAGCAUCGGUCGCCAUCGGCCUCUUACCAUCGACUGGUACCAUCGAAUCGACCAUCGAAGAUACAUCCGAGCCUACGACGGAAUCCAACGUGGACACUACGGAGGUACCCAACCUGUCGGACCUGUUGCUUCGCGGUGGCAAUCUCGUUACAGUCGUCGAGACUCAAUUGAAAACUUUCACGGCUGUCGUGACACGAAAGAGCGGGACCGAAGAGGAGGUCACCACUCGACUGGAAGUCCUGCCCGAACUGGUAACCAAGACCGUUGUUCAAAUCGAGCCGACAUCAGUCGUUGAUGUCCAAGCAUCCCUCGACGCUUUGGAGAAUCUUGUUCCGACAGCUCGGGCUAUUCCUGCCAGAGACGGACGCGAGCAGCUGAUUCGCGAUGACGGUAUCGAAGAAGUUCGGGGCGGCCGCCUUAAUGUGGGCGCUGGGAGCAGCAACCGAAACCCGAAUUUCGCCACGAAAAUAAUGAGCAAUGGAGUCGAAGUCAUCGUUGCCAGUGAGAAGAAACCGACGCUAUUGGCGCAGAACGUCGUUCAAAAGAGCCAGACGGUCAUCGAGCCGAGCCCGCCAAUUACACUUGCGGCUAGCACGCUUGUUAAUCAAGUUACGUUGGCAGGUCAAGUGGAAAAUGUCCGCCUCUUCUCUUCUAUUCAGUCGGAUCCAGCACGAUUUCAAACGCUUACCCAAAUGACGACCUUCACCUAUUUGACAACGCUGUUUGAUGGCGCUUCGAAAUUGGUCAGCAGCCGGGAGGAGAUCAUCACCAACUUUGUAACGCAAGAGAAGGGACGCAAAGAGACUGUAGUCAAACCAACAGCUACUGUUACUACUGGCCAGCCCGGCUCUUCCAAUUACAACACUUUUACCCACAUGACCACCUACACCUACUUCAACACCUUCCUCGAUCAGAAGAGGCCCGUUGUCUUGACGUCCCAAGAAACUGUUUCCAACGUCAUCACUGUUCCAGCUGGCCAGCCUGAAGCUACUGAACGCACCCUGGAAACGGCCACGUAUUUGAGGACCUACAUCUUUUCCAGCAAACUCGACAGGGAUGCCAUCGCCACGUCCAAGGAAGUUGUGACCCAAGUGGUCGUGACGGAAGCCCCGCGUUUGAAGGUCUUACCGACGCCCGUCGCCACGUUUAUGGAAGUCACUAAAACAUACCUCAACACGUUGACGUUGCUGUCCACUCAAAUCGAUGGCACGACAUCUACCGUCCAUCGUGUUACCACAGUCCGGCCGGAGAUAGUGGUCGAGACCAUCCGUGAUUUUGAACCGACUCCAGUUCUCGAAGGUUCUCAAAUCAUGCCAACCGAAGAUGAUUUUGGAGGAGACGGACCGCUUGUGGCCACUAAAACUUACUUCACCACCAAAACUCAUUUUACCACUCUCCAGCAAGGCACCAGGACCAUCGUCCAGUCCCGCAAAGAAGUGCGAUCUUCAGUCGUCACGGAAACUAUCGACGGAAAUCGAGCUUCGCUUUUCGCCCAACAGGAUACCUCCACCAAGGUUCCAGCAGAUCUGAAGACUCGCCCGACUUACGUCCAGCUCGGUCCCAAUCUCUACGGAAAGUUGAGGACUCUGUUCGCUACGGCCACUUAUUACAUCACGAAUUCGGCUGGUGACAUCUCAUCAAAACGUUUGGUCGUUCCGCAAGUUACAACCGAUGUGGUUCCGCUGGAUUCCAUCCCGUCGGAAGCUCUCAUCGAGCCUUCCAUUCCCGCGCUGGCCGAUAUUCAGGUGACUCCUGUACCUUCCGGAUCCGGCCAGAUCCUGACACCAGAGCAGCUUCAAUCUUUGAAACUGUCUUUCCUUGCUGGCCAGCAAUCGUCUGCUGUUCAGCCCAGCUUGAUUUUGAGUCCGGAACAUUUAAGCUCGUUGAAAGAAUCUUUCUUGUCCAACAAGCCGUCCGUCACACCGACUGAUUCGCCAUUUGAGACGAUCGAUUCGAGCACCGAUCCUGAAGUGACUGAGAUAACCACCGACCCUACCAAUGAGGACGGAUUCGAACCACCUUUUAUCAGUUUGUCACCGCCGGAAUUAGAUGGAGCUUCGCCGGAAACAGUCAUCAUGGUGACCAACACGGCAGGUGAGGUUUUGAUCAUCCCGACCGAGAUCCUCGGCACCCAACCGUCGUCGACAUCGUCUUCAUCAUCGUCGUCUUCAUCAUCUGGCAUCAUUGGCGGAUUGAGCGGAGCAGGUGUUGAGACGUUACAGCAGAAUCCUGACGUGCAAGGCCGUCGCCCGCCUAACGUCAUUCCAUUGAGAAACGUGGGUCAGCAGCCACCGCAGCAGUUGACGCCCAACCAACCGCAAAGGCCACCCACUGUUCUCCGUCGCCCUGAGCCUGGUGUGCCACUUCAACCUGGUGUGCCCGGUUCCCCUCUUCUCCGACCUGGUUCCAAUGCUGGCCAACAGUUUGGAAUAAGUCAGCCCGGUCAGCAGCCCAUUCCACCCCCGGCGCCAAUUAGCUUUAGCGCUCCACCUUUGCAGACGGGAUUCACCGGCAUGCCCAAUCAGCCAAAGAGCAUUCUUCCGGCUACGCGCACAGCUGGAUUAGCAACAGCUGUUCCAGGUGUACGCCCACCUCCACCACCAUUUGUCAACGGUCAAAAUAACAUUGACCGUGUUCAAAUCGAACCCAGCCGACCCAUCCAACAAUCGAGCCGUCCAGCUAACGGCCAGUUCUUUGCUGCCAAUGGACAACAGAUUAACGUACCACCUUUGCCCGGCUCUGUCAUACCACCACCACCCGCAUCUCCACCUCCACCACCACCUGGUCCUAUCCCUCAACCCCCAGUUGAUGUCAUUGGUCCUGGAUCGAUCGUUCCCGGCCCCGAUGGUAAACCGGUGAGGAUUGUUGGUGUUCCAGAAGGUGAAGAGCCUCCACCAGGCGCUGUUGGACAAGUCUUUAUCCGACCUGUUCCUGCUCCUGCUCCAAUCAUUCCAUCCGUCAUUCGACCUGAGCAACAGCAGCCUCCCAGACGUGAAGAUAUUAACGUUCCACUGCUUCCAGUUCGCCCACCACCUAUCCAGAUUCCGGCUGUGCAAACCAUUGCAUCUGUCGUCGGUGAGAACAAAAUCGUGGCUACCAACAUCGUCAGUGGCGGACAAACAACUGUGCUCUUGCCCAACGAUCCUACCCCCGUUUUUAACAUUCCUAGCACUGCAGCUUGGCCGUCCAUUGUUCCAUCAGGCAUUAAGCCAUCUGCCGUUGAAAGCUUCAGCGUGAUGCCUACUGAUGUACCGGAAUCAGGAGGCAAUUUAGAAGGAAUGGGCAGCAUCUUGCAUCCUGGUUUGACGCCUUCCACAUCGACCAGCAACGUGAAAGAAGUGAGCAGCAUGCAAGACGCCGGCUUGGCUUCUUCCACAGCGCCCACCAGUUUGGAAGGAGUUGGCACCAUCUUGCAGCCUGGCUUGGUACCAUCUCCAGCGCCAGCUGGAGGCAAUAUCGAGGGAGGAGCUGGCAUUUUGCAACCUGGAUUGGUUCCUUCCGCAUCAGCAGAUUUGCCACCUGUUGCCGAAGCUUCGUCCACGUCAGUGACGCCAGUUGUUCACGAAUUCGCGUUCGGUUCAGAAAGCGGCGAAGUUGAUCACACACCAACGUUGAACAUCUUCUCCGACAGUCCUUCCACUGAGAUUAUGCCUUCCGUCUUCCAGAACGCACCAUCCGAAUCCCCGACAAUUCCAACCAGAUGGCCUCUUGUCCACUACGAUUCGGACACACCUGAACGCAAAGAACUUUUCGGUGUCACGUCUGUCGUGAUGGGUCCUGGCAGUCCAGAUUUCACGACUGUAGUUUCCCGUGUGGAAGCUGACGGCCGGACUGCGUUCUCUACCAUCAUUCAGAAAUCUACAACUAUCACCUACGUUGAACCAACAACGAUGCCUACCGUUGCGGCCAGUCCAGUCACACCGGCCAUCGAAGAAGAAGAAGAAGAAGAAGAAGAAGAAGAAAAGAUUACUGAACCAGCUUUAACGUUCCCACCCAACUCUCCGUUUGUUCCUCCAACGAAUCCUCCGUUGCGGCCACAGGCCAUCAGCAGUAGCAGCAGCACAAGUACCACUAAAUCUAGAACAACAUCUACGACACCUGCUGCAGAGGUAGAACCCCCAAUGGCCAAGGAUGUCAUCAUGGACAACACUGGCAACAAGGCCGUUUUGGGCGGAUUCGGUGGAUCUUUCAGCGUCAACCAACCUUCGUCCAUUGAAGAUGGCUGUCGUGGCCGUUGCAGUAAAGAAAAAUCAGAGGUUUGCGUCUACGCCAACGGCCAACACGAAUGUAUGUGCCGUCCUGGAUACAGUCGCUCCGAUCCCUUCGAAAGCUGCAGCAAAACCUACACCUACCAACUGAAAUUGGUGCUGGAGAGCAUGAACAGGACCAUGUUGCACUUUGACAACAAUUUGAAGGACGAAAUUUCGCCGCAGUACCGCAGUUUGGCUACGCAUGCGCGAAUGGGUCUUAAACAAGCUUUGAUGAGCACUGAUUUGUCUGAAUCAGUUCACGACAGUCAAGUGAUGGGUAUUCAUCCAACCAGCGAAAGCGAAUUGCAGAGCGAUGGUGUCUUGGUCGAUUUCUUUAUUCAUUUGGCCAAACAACAAGACGAGAAUGAACUCAAGAGCAAACUGGUAAAAUCCCUGGAACGUAAUAAUUAUUUCCUCGGCGAGAGCGACAUCACUGCUGCUCGUUUCACCGACAGUCUUCAAGCUCAAGACUUUGACGAGUGCAGCCAUGAAGGUCAUCAUGAUUGUUCUGAAUUCGCCGAUUGUAUUAACGAAAAGGGAUCUUACCGUUGCCAAUGUCGACCAGGUUUUAUCGAUUCUUCUGACGAAGAUGGUCGCAUUUGUCUUGCCGAACGCCAAGAUUGCGAAGAAUGCAGUGGUCACGGACGUUGCGUGUUUGAACCCACUUCAAAUGAAAUGACGUGUAUAUGCAAUAAGUGGUUUGCCGGCAAAGAAUGCCACAUCAAUUUGAAGGUGGUGAUGAUCGUCGUCCUGGCAGUCGGUAUCUUCACGAUCCUUCUCAUAACUGCCAUCAUCGUCGUUUGCUGUUUACGUUCACGAAGGGCCAAGGGAUCCAUCACUGGUGGACCCUCUUUCCUCAGAUACAGGGGUCCGAGUGUUCCCGCUAGUGGCACUCUCGAUAGAGCGGCCAUGAUUCGUGGAGAUACAAGCAGUGAAGGCAGUGGUAACGACAACUUUGGCACUGGAACAAGCACGUUGGAUGGCAAACCAGCACCGCGUGCACCGGCUGGAGGUCCCGCUCUUCAGAGUUACAGGCCGUACGGAGAGGGACUAAUGAUCCCUAGAGCCAAGCACCAGCACGGCCCUACCACGGCUUCCGGAAACACCACCAGCUCAGCCGAGCGAGGCGAAGCAGCACCAAACAGAGAACAUCAAUUGAUGGAUUAUCUUGAUGGACGCGGUCCCAAGAAAGUCCUUCCGGAUAGGGAUGGUAAAAUGACAGACACACGUUCAAGCGAAGUCCUCUCGGCCGGCGGUAGAACUUCAGUCAGCAGCACCUCACAAUUCCGCGACAGCCUUGGAAAAAUGGAAUCUGCGGAAACGGACGCACAGGAAAAAGCUGAGCUAGAAACGACCGUAUCGGAAGUUCGAUCAUUCGAUGAAACGACCAUCCACCCGGCAACGAGACGACCUGCCCAAUAUUACCAAAGCGAUGCUGCGGCUAUGGAAUCUGAUGGCAUGUCAGGCAGGUAUCCGGCUGGUGCCCGUGACACGGUGUUACGUGAUCAAAAAACACUGGUUCAACAGUUGCUUUCUUUUCCCCAACCGUUCACCAUUACCCGUCCGAAACUCUACAAUCCCCUUCCGAGAGAGUGACAACUCCAACUUUGAUUCUUUGUAAACCACUACGUGUGCGAUGAUCGUAGCCAGAAACUCUUGAAUUAAAAAUUGUUUUUCUUUCUCUCGCGAGCGAAUACCAGAGCUCUUAAAUUUAUGUAACAACCCAGCAGGUCGCACGAAAGGAAGAGCGAUUCAAGUACAUAGUUGACGAUUGGGUUUUUUAUGAAUUUCUUCGGUUUUUUUCCCUGCUUUUUGUUUCAUUUCUUGCUGAAGAAAAAAAAUGAAAGCAAAAGAUGUGUUUGCUCAACUGCCGGGAAAGAUUUUUUUCUUUUUUCUUUUGCAUUGUUAUAAUAUCGACCAACACCAAACAUUUUUCCGUAUUCCCCUUUUUUAUUCAUUUAUUUGUACUUCAUUGAUUGUGAGUGAAGAAAAAUUCUAUUUGGUGCCUUUUUUUUUAUAGAAAAAGAAGGAAACAUGUUUCAAAUGUUUUUAAUUAACAAACAUUCUAUAUCUUUUAUCUGUUCAUAUGCAUACUUAAAUGUUUAGGCGUGAUCCGGUGACACUUUCAAUCACCAAAAAUAUGGCAACCACAGAGGAAAAUGUUGAAGUAAAAAAAAUAUCUUCUCCUCUUUUCCCUCUCC